UCGAAAUGAGAAGGUGCGGCUUCGUUGUGUGGUUGGUCCUCGCCUGCCUCACCAGCGACGCGUUGCAACAGUACAGAGAAAAGAACAUCAGCGGCGCGGAGACAGACGCGGUACAGGCGAUCUUGGCCAGAUACCUUCAGAGGCGUCUUCAGGGCUCGCAGCUGUCGACGCCGCCUCCGCCGGCUGUCCUCUUCAGUAGUAAUAACCAGGCCAGAGCGAGGCAAGCGCAGAGGGCCACUAGCAAUGCGUUGCCGAGGAAUGUCAGCGAGAAAGAGAGGAGGGAGCGCGUGGAGGAUUACGAGGAUUACGAGGACGACCUUGAGGGCUUCGAGGACAGUGAGAGGAGCAGGACCAGAUUCGAUCUCUUCGCCGAUGACUGCCCGAACUGCGUGGACGAGCACAGCAGCAGCCUGGCCGCGUCAAGAUGGACGAUGCCGUUGUUGAAGCUCGGCGAGAAGAGAUACUACCUGGGGAUCUUCUUCAAGGUAUCACCGCCAGUCACUUUGAUUUAUCUAGCUGCUACCGGCGGACGCGACCUGCCGGACAUCAUUGAAUUAUUUCCGUACCCGUAACCUUUCCUCCCCGACGUCUUGCGCCGAGACGCUUCGCUCGUUAUCGAUCUGUUCGGCCAAACGCGACCGCCUCAUGCACGCGUGUAUGCUUUGUAUCGUCGCGACGGGAAGAGAACACGGGAAACCGAUCUCGUUGAUGACGAUCUUCGUGGACUCGCAACGACUCUGCCUUUGUCAAGUAGAUCGUGUCGAUAGGCGGAUAGUUCUCUGGUCGAGUUCGAGCAUGAGCACGUACAUACGUUCAUCGAUCGAGAGAGAGAGAGAGAGAGAGAGAAAAGAAGCGUGUUUGCAUCUCUGGAUUAUAUAUGGAUAUAGUAUUUUAUCGUUUCCGAGACGAUGGACUCGCAAGUGCAGCAGACUCUUGUUUAUUGAAAUUUUGAAAUGUCUGGAGAGAGGAAUUGUAGACUUUUCUUUCAUUGAAAUUCCCAAUAACGGCUACAUUUGAUAAAUUUGAGAGAAAAAUUAUUACUAAUUAUUAUUAAUAGUUCGCUGGAUUUAUUGUAAACGAGAAUUAACAAAAGGAUAAUAUAGAACUAUAAUUGGAGGAGAGACAGGAUUAAAAGGAAAGAAUUUGGCAGAUCUCUUACAGGGAGAGUUUAAGAUAGGAAAAUUUCUCUUCCAGAAGA